CCGCCGCCGCCGCCGCCGCCGCCGCGAUGAAUUCGGCCGAGCAGACCGUUACGUGGCUCAUCGCGCUGGGCGUGCUCGAGUCGCCCAAGAAGACGGUGGCCGACCCCGAGGGCUUCCUGCAGGCGUCCCUCAAGGACGGGGUGGUGCUGUGCCGCCUGCUCGAGCGCCUGCUGCCGGGCACCAUCGAGAAGGUGUUCCCGGAGCCCCGGAGCGACGGCGAGUGCCUGAGCAACAUCCGCGAGUUCCUGCGCGGCUGCGGGGCCUCCCUGCGCCUGGAGACAUUCGAUGCCAAUGACUUGUACCAGGGGCAGAAUUUUAACAAGGUCCUCAGCUCCUUAGUGACCCUCAAUAAAGUCACUGCAGACAUCGGCCUAGGCAGCGACUCCGUGUGCGCCCGGCCGUCCUCCCACCGCACCAAGUCCUUUGACUCCCUGGGAUCGCAGCCCCCACAUAGCCGGACCUCAAAACUCUUCCAGGGCCAGUACCGGAGCCUGGACAUGAGUGAGACAGGGGGCAGCCAGCUGGUGGUCCGGGCCAAGUUCAACUUCCAGCAGACGAACGAGGAUGAGCUGUCGUUCUCCAAGGGCGAUGUGAUCCACGUGACGCGUGUGGAAGAAGGGGGCUGGUGGGAGGGCACGCAUGGCGGCCGCACCGGAUGGUUCCCCAGCAACUACGUGCGAGAGGUCAAGCCCAGUGAAAAGCCCGUGUCCCCCAAAUCCGGGUCCCUGAAGAGCCCCCCCAAGGGCUUUGACACUACGGCCAUCAACAAAAGCUACUACAAUGUGGUGCUACAGAAUAUUCUGGAGACAGAGAACGAAUAUUCUCAGGAGCUUCAGACCAUGCUCGCCACCUACCUUCGGCCGCUGCAGAGCAGUGAGAAGCUGAGUCCCGCCAACAUGUCUUCCCUGAUGGGGAACCUGGAAGAUAUCUACUCCUUCCAGCUGGUGCUCGUCCAGUCCCUGGAAGAAUGUACCAAGUCGCCUGAAGCCCAGCAGCGAGUGGGCGGCUGCUUCCUGGCACUGACACCGCAGAUGCGGGCGCUGUACCUGGCCUACUGUGCCAACCACCCCUCAGCUGUCAACGUCCUCACAGAACACAGUGAAGCGCUGGGGGAAUUCAUGGAGCUGGCGGGUGCCAGCAGCCCCGGCAUCCUGGUGCUGACCACCGGCCUGAGCAAGCCCUUCAUGCGGCUUGACAAGUACCCGGCCUUGCUCAAGGAGCUCGAGAGACACAUGGAGGACUAUCACCCGGACAAGCUGGACAUUCAGAAAGCCAUGGCCGCCUUCAAAGCUCUCUCGGCCCAGUGCCAGGAGGUGCGGAAACGGAAGGAGCUGGAGCUGCAGAUCCUGACUGAGGUCAUCCGCAGCUGGGAGGGCGACGACAUCAGGACCCUGGGCAGUGUCAUCUACAUGUCGCAGGUCCUGAUCCAGUGUGCUGGGAGUGAGGAGAAGACGGAGCGGUACCUCCUCCUCUUCCCCAACAUACUGCUCAUGCUGUCUGCCAGCCCCCGGAUGAGCGGGUUCAUCUACCAGGGGAAACUGCCAACUACGGGGAUGACCAUCACCAAGCUGGAGGAUGGCGAGAGUCACCGGAACGCCUUUGAGAUUUCAGGGAGCAUGAUCGAGCGCAUCCUGGUGUCCUGCAGCAGCCAGCAGGACUUGAAUGAGUGGGUGGAGCACCUGCAGAAGCAGACCAAGGUCACAUCCAUGGGCACACCCUCCGUCAAGCCCCACUCAGUGCCAUCCCACACCCUCCCCUCACACCCGGUCACCCCGUCCAGCAAGCAUUCGGACAGCAAGCCCGUGCCGCUGGCACCCACCUACCACACGUUGCCCCACCCCUCGCACCACGGCACCCCUCACACCACCAUCAACUGGGGGCCCCUGGAGCCACCGAAAACCCCCAAGCCCUGGAGCCUGAGCUGCCUGCGACCCGCACCCCCCCUACGGCCCUCGGCCGCGCUCUGCUACAAGGAGGACCUGAGCAAGAGUCCCAAGACCAUGAAGAAAUUGUUGCCAAAGCGCAAGCCUGAGCGGAAGCCCUCAGACGAGGAGUUCGCGCUGAGGAAGAGCACCGCGGCGCUGGAGGAGGACGCACAGAUCCUGAAGGUCAUCGAGGCCUAUUGCACCAGCGCCAAGACGCGGCAGACGCUCAACUCCACAUGGCAAGGCACUGACCUGAUGCAUAAUCACGUGCUGGCUGACGACGAGCAGCCCGGCCUCGAGCCGGCGGGGCGCCGCAGUAGCCUUUCCCGCGUGGAGCCCUCAGACCUGUCGGAAGACUCAGACUAUGACAGUAUUUGGACAGCCCAUAGUUGCAGGAUGGGUUCCGCAUCUCGUAAGAGCUGUUGCUCCUAUAUCGCUCACCAGAACUAACGCUCCCUUCCCUCGCCCAGGCCCGCUUCUCUAGGUGUCCUCUCGCUCUUCUCGUCUUUCUGUCCUCCUCUAACCGCUGGGGAGAGCGUCUCGUAGCCCCGGGGUCCCUGUGCGGUCCCCGCUGCCGCUCUGAGUGUGAACACAUGGGCCCAUGGUAGAACUUCGCCGCGGGGGCUGGGCCGGGGGCUCGGAGCCGAAGGUUGGGCUCUGCCCGGUGUUGCCACAGCAGCGUGUGCACAUGUGUACACACGCACAUACACACUUGUACGCACAUGUGCACAGGUACUCAAAUACUCAUUCAUGCACGUGUACACACGUGUACACACACGUUUGCGCCGUCCCGAGCUUCCUGCCCCCCCCUCCAGCCUGGUGCUGCAUCAGGGCAGGGAGCUGGUGGGAGCCACGGCAAGGUUGCAGGCUGAGCCCACGUCCAGCCUGGUUGUGGACAGAGCUCAUUCGCACCUGGGCUCUGGGCAGGGCACGCUGCCCCCAGCAGGCCUCUGCCCCCACCCCCCACCUCCCACAGCCACCUAGUCUGGCAGUGCUACCCAAGGUGGGGUCCAGUAUUCCCAGGUGCUGCCCAUACUUGCUCUGUCUGAGUGCGAGCAGCCCCAGGCUUGGCGGCCGCUGCAUCCCCCACUCCUGUGCCAGGCGUC